AUGUUGAGGUUCUGUGGAAAACCUCUCACAGAAGAAGAACUAAUUGAGAAGACUCUCUCCACCAUCCCCAUCGCAGCAAUUGUGAUAUCAAAACAAUAUCGCACUGAAGUCAAUGCUGGACGAAUUACGAGGUUCAAUGAGCUUAUCAAUAUCAUGUCGGUAUCUGAAAAGCACGACAACAUCCUCGUAAAGAAUUAUCAUUCAAGGCCUAUUGGAACCAAGAGCGUUCGCGAGGCAAAUUAUAAUGCACCCAAAAGAGGGCGCAAGGAGCGGUACCCUAAUAACAGGGGACAAGAAGGACGGAUGGGUCCGUAUAACCGCCCCAAUAAAGAAGGAAACCGCAACUUUAGCGCGGACACACGUGGUGGCAACUCCACACGUGGUGGCAACUCCACACGUAGGAGAGGUGGAUAUGGUAGUAACAUGGGCCGAGGAUAUGGUAGCACCAUAGGCCGGGGAGGUAACAAUUUGGGCCGUGGAGGUCGCACCAUGAGACGUGGUAGUAGCAGUAACCCUCCUAGGGAAUAUCCACAACGUGGACAAUCUGCACCUCAAAUGAAAGGAGGCAACCACAAUGACAUGUGUCAUCGGAGUGGAUCAAUAGAGCAUUGGUUCAAGCAAUGCCAUGCCAGUACCCAACUAGCUGACAGCUACAAGGAGUAUAGGCAAUUCAGGGAGCAAGAAACCAACCUUGCCGAAGAUGAAGAUAGUGAAGAUGUCAAUCUCACCCUAGAGGACUUCAAAGCUAAUCAAGUGCACGAGGAUGCCGCAGACUUUGAUUAG